CAUUCUCCAUGACUAGAAAUUUAUAAAACAGCUGAUUUAUUUUUAUUAGGGAGCACGUGUUUAUAAAGAAACGAGAAAUAAAAACCGAUCAUUGUUUUUAAAUAUUACAGUUAAUGUGUUAAUAUUGUGUAUUCAAUGAAAUAUUAAGAGAGCUCUAUAUUAAAAAGAAGAAACAUAUAUUUUAGAUAUGAAUUAAAUUUUUUUUGAUAGUUAAAAUUUCCAUAGAAUUUGAAAGAAGAAAAAAAAAUGGCUGACCGUGAUAGCGCAUCUGAAAGUGAUUCAAGUUCAAUUGACGGUGGCCCAAUUAUGAUGCCACCGUCUCCAAUAACUCGUGAACAACUGCAAAAAAGAAUAGAAUCACUGCAACAACAAAAUCGCGUAUUAAAAGUUGAAUUAGAUACAUAUAAGCUUCGUGUAAAAGCAUUACAAGAGGAAAAUCGCAGCCUCCGACAAGCUUCUGUCAUUAUACAAGCUAAAGCAGAACAGGAAGAAGAGUUUAUAAGUAACACAUUGUUGAAAAAAAUACAAGCUUUGAAAAAAGAAAAAGAAACAUUGGCUCAUCAUUAUGAACAAGAAGAAGAAUGUCUAACGAAUGAUUUGUCACGUAAAUUGAAUCAAUUGCGACAAGAGAAAUGUCGUUUGGAGCAGACUUUAGAACAAGAACAGGAGUGUCUUGUGAACAAACUUAUGAGAAAAAUUGAAAAAUUAGAAGCUGAAACACUUGCGAAACAAAGUAAUUUGGAACAAUUGCGUAGAGAGAAAGUGGAAUUGGAAAAUACAUUAGAGCAAGAACAAGAAGCUUUAGUCAAUAAAUUAUGGAAACGAAUGGAUAAGCUUGAAGCUGAGAAAAGAAUGCUACAAAUAAAAUUAGAUCAACCAGUGUCAGAUCCAACUUCGCCAAGAGAAAUUAACAACGGUGAUACUGCUACAAAUCUAAGUACACACAUACAAACAUUGAGAAGCGAAGUUGUCCGAUUGAGGCAUAAUCUUUUGAUUUCUCAACAAGAACACACAGAAAAAAUGCAGCGUUAUGUAAAUGAGGAGAAACAAAUUCGAGAAGAGAACUUGAGGCUCCAAAGGAAAUUGCAACUUGAGGUGGAACGACGUGAAGCAUUAUGCAGACAUUUAUCUGAAUCAGAAUCAAGCUUGGAGAUGGAAGAAGAACGUCAUUACAAUGAAAUCGUCAUGUCAGGUGGAAACAUAAGAAGCCGCACUGUGUCAAGUCCUGUACCCUAUAAUGCUUCUCCAAGUUCUUCAAGACCUCUUAGUCCAGGAAUCAAUACAAUGACUUCAGCUUCUCGAGAAACUGCUAACAUAAAUCGAUGUUAUGCUUGUGGUCAAUGUGUUAAUCUUCCAUUUACAAGUUCAUCACCUCCUUCAGGAAGUCACAUAAUAGCGCCAUCCAGUAGGCGUGCUUCAGACAGAUUUGUCAAACCAGCGAUUCCACCUACUAUUGUUAGUCCUGGAAGUUCAUCAUCGGCUAAUAUUAUUCAUGCAAAUACAUCGGCUGGAUGUCCCAUGGAUAUUGCUAAAAUAUAAACUAACAAUUAAGUAAUUAAUGUUAUGAUUUAAUAUAAUUAUUUCAUACGGUGUAGAGAAAGAGAGAGAGAGAGAGAGCGAACGAAAACAACUUUAAUUUUUUUUUCGCUAAAGCUGAAAAUAUUUUUAUUAAACUUUUAAGGACUAUAUCCGAUGAAGUAAACGCGACAUGAGCUGGUUCACAUGCAUAUCUUUUGAACGUUUAACGAAAAAAAAAGUUUAUCAUGUUAGCAAAGUACCAGUUGCUGUAUAAGUUUCUCUCGUCCACUUUCUAAUAAUGUUUAAUGUGUAUCCACAGUCAACAAGGUGCAAAAUACACCAACACAUGCACGUAACGAGGUACUUACUUUAUUAGAAAAUUUUCGUUCCUAUGAUAAUAAUAAAUAUCAGAUAUUAAAUUUGUUUUGACAAUAGCGUAAUUAUAAGUGAUUGGUUUAUAAUAUAUGACUGUGUGCAGGUUUCCUCUUUAAAAAAAAAAAAUUGUCACUAAAAAUGUUAUUUGGAAAAAAAAGUACCAUGUAAAUUGUUUCUUAUUCUUCAUGAUUAUUAGAAUUGAUGCUGAUUAUUAUGAUGGUAAUAAUAACGAAUAAUAAUAAUAAUAUUAAUAAACAGUAUUUAUGUGAAAUUUAAAUAAGUUUUGUUCUUUUUUAAAAUUUUUGUGAUUCGAUGCUAAAAAACGAUAAGCUAUGAAAAAAAAAUUUGGUGUGCUGUGUUGAUAUAUUGUUGAAAUGUUAAUGGCAGAUAUUAAUUUUAAUUUAAACAAUUCAAAAAACGGUUAAUUAAAGAGCCGUUUGAGACUAUGAUUUUUAUACGACGAUAUUUUAAAUAUCUUCUUUGAUUCAAUGUUUAUAGUAAAGAGCAACUAAUAUUAUUGAUUUGAUAUUCAUUUGCAUGUGUAUUAUAGUUGCUCUUUUAUGUUUUUAUUCACUCUACACAUUUUUUUUCAUUUAUGUGUUAAAAUAUAUUCAUCUUCUAUUUCAAAAAAAAAAAAAAAAAAAUCUCUUAGUAAUCGUGUAAUUUUAAUUAUAUAACUAAUUAUUAAUUAUAAUAAAAUGUAUUAUUUUUAAAAUUAAAUUUAACAUUUAAUUUA